UGAUUUCUUUGUUGGAUCUCAACUAAAUUUAACUAUAAAAGCUGUGCUUCAAUAAUCAUUUGGCAUCGUAGUUUUCACAGCGAACCACACAACAAUUCCAAACAUAAACAAAAUGAUGUCCAAGUGUUAUAUUGUAUUGUCAGCAAUUGUAGCUGCUUGUUCAGCUGGUAACAUUGCUGUUCCAGUUGCAGCAGCACCAGCAGCACUCACUGUUGGAACAUAUGCCAGUACAUAUAAUUCUCAUUCAGUUGAACAUGCUCAUGCUGCACCAAUUGUUGCAUCAUAUGCAACACCCUAUGUAGCACCAGCAUAUUCAGCAUACUCAACAUAUUCAGCACCACUUUCAGCAGCAGCUUAUUAUCCAGCAUACUCACCUUACUCUGCAUACGCAGCACCAGCUGUAUUUGCUGCUCGUCGUUAAUUUAUUUAUUUAUUUUUUUUG